CAGUCUCUGGUCAUCUCCCUGUACUGUGUCCGCCGCAGUCUCUGGUCAUUCCCUGCACUGUGUCCGCAGUCUCUGGUCAUUCCCCUGCACUGUGUCCGCAGUCUCUGGUCAUCCCCCAAUGUACUAUGUCCGCAGUCUCUGGUCAUCCCCUGUCUAUGUCCGCAGUCUCUGGUCAUUCCCUGUCUGUGUCUGCAGUCUCUGCAUCCCCUGUACUGUGUCUGCAGUCUCUGGUCAUCCCCUGUACUGUGUCUGCAGUCUCUGGUCAUCCCCUUCCAUUGGUUCAGAAUAUUUUUUUUUUUUUACUUGUUUUUC